CCUUAUAUGAAAGCAUUAAGUAAGUAAGAAUGUGCAUCUCAUCGUAUAUGUUAAUACUCUCUCUUUUUUCUCAAGGUUUCCUAAUCUCAGAUUCAAAAUCUCUGCAAAAAAUAGAAGAUGAAGAUACGUUGCUAACUGCAUUCAAUCUAGGAAAAACCCUUCGAAAUGGAGAUAGAACUGAAAAGAGAGAAGCUAUGCCUUUGCUGAAACAUUAUAAGAUUGAGGAAAGCUUCUUGGAUGAAGACGACGACAGAAAAUUAAAGUUUUUUGACACUGGUUCCAGACAUGACUUCUUAAAUCAUGGUGUAUCAGUCAGCACAGGAAGAAAACAACUACCUUAUUUUGCACUGAAGGGAGCCAUUGCUUUUCCAGCUGACACUGAAAUUCAUAAUAUUGAAUCAAUACAGAAACGAGAGACUGCGGAUGAAGAGAAUUCAGCUAAAUUCCCUAUAGGAAGGAGAGAUUUUGACAGCACACUGAAUGCUGAUGUCGAACGCCACAUUUGUCAAAACAUGCACAACCGAUGUUGCCAUAAAGCUACAACAGUGAAGAACACUACCGUACCCGGUUCUCUAUUUUCAUCUCCCUCUCCUAGUUUUGGAAGCAGGUAAUCUAGUCUUAUAGCACAGGCAAAUCAAAAUAUGUAGUUCAACUACAAAAAUUAUGUGAAAAUUUUAAUAUAGUCAAUAGAAUUAUAUUUACUGGAGUCAGUGAUUCCAGGUCAAGAUUCCUCAGUUUACACUUAGGCUACAGUUUCUCUGACUAUCACUUCGAAUUUCAGGGCCAAACUUCGUACUUGCUGGCCUGUUUAUCAGAAGUGCUAUAGAGUCUGCAAGACAAUUUCUAACCUCGCUUCCUUUUGAAAGUCUACUAAAUUAUAUAAAAUACAUUGAAAUGUAUAGCAGGGGUUAGGAUUUCUAGCUAAUAAAUCUGUUACAAUGUCACAAGUGAAUUCCAAUAAACAUGAGCUGAAUGAGCGAUGCUGUGCAAAUAUCAGGAAAAAGAAAAUAUGAGAAACAGUCAAAAAUAAAUACUUUUUUUUGAUUGGUUUUGUUGAGUAGAAGGUUUACAGAUACUUUCAGGAUUUAAAAGUUUGCAUUAUACAAGUCUACUUUCCUACUUAGCACAAGCAUGUUUAAAUACUCUAUUUCCAGCUUCACUCCUAUAGAAGUUUUAGUUCCAAUUCAAACUUACAAAUUCAAACAGAAUAACAGAGAAGGAUACAUGGCUGGAAAGCUCCUUUCACAGGAACCACAAAAUUCAGUCAGUUUAUGCCACUUUCAUCACAUACUGCUUUCAUCCACAUAAACUAACAGUCUCUAGCUUUUUGUCACUGAGAUGCAGCCUAAGUAUCUCUGCACGAUAUUGCAGUUGGUCAGGUGAAUAUACUUGCUGUCUUUUUGAAAAAAAUACCAAAUUUAUUUACGUAAACUUGGAUCUUUCUUACUUAAUGUGCCCAUAUCUAUAUAGUCUCAUUUAAAGACUCAUUAUGGUCUUCUCCACGUGCCACAGGGGAAUUUCUGCUCCACCAUCCAAAACACCUCCUACCCCUCUUCAUUGACUUUGAUGUUUGCAGAGAUCUUCCUCUCAUUUUUCUCAUUCAUUUCUUACAGCUACCGUGCUUAACCUUUCUCAAAUAUGUUAUAACACAGCUACCACCAGAAUCACUGAUGAGGUUAGCGCUGGCCAGCGGUUGGUCUCUUUUGGUACUGACUCUGUCCAGCAUGCAGGCACCUCCUAAUCUUUUCUCAUAGAGGUCACCAGUAGCCCUCCUGCUACCCAAACCUUGCCAUACAAACCCAGUAGAGAAGAAUAAAGAAAUUAUCCCCCAAAGACUCAGAAGAAGAAUUUGAAACUGCAAAAAAUGCAUGUCAAAUCUUGUUUAACUAAACGUAACAUCCUAUCUAUAUAAUGUUCAGAAUAUACGUGGCUUAAAUUUUUUUACUUUAAUAUUACUGUAUUAUUAUGUUUCCUGGUUUUGCUGUUUCUUCAGUGUUUCAUGACAAUCUUUUAAAAUUCACUCAAUCCUCAAUUGUUCAUUAAAUUAAAUGUUAUACAGCAAUGACUUGCACACAAAAUGCUAUCACAUUCAUAUUGCAAGAGGCAAAUAAGAUGCAUUUUGUGCUGAGCUAAUGAAGAUAUAAUAAAUACAGCACCAAAACCAAAACAAACCGUAAAACAGUCAAGAAAGCUUGAUAGUUACCAUUCUAUAAGCAAUGAAUUGAGUUAUUUUUGGAGACAUCAGGGUUUGAUUUUACCACUCCCACCAGACACUUAGUGAAUUUAGUUUUCAGGGAUUAGAAUAUCUGGAAUCAAAGGACCAAAUACUAAAAAAUUUCACAAACUCAUCUGUCUUUAUUUCAACUGCACUGAACCAUGAAAUAUGCCUCAAAAUUUUUUGUCACAUCACAUGCUAUUUAGUCAUUUACAAGCAGUACAUAAAACUCUAUCAAAUAUAACUGUUUCAUUUGAUCCUAGUACUAAGCUAGAAGGUAUAUAUGAAUCAAGAUUGCAAAACUAGACUUGUUGAAGCAGUCAAAUAUCCCAGUUGGUCUAGGAAUAUAAAUUUGCUAGUACAACUACUGUACUACAUUGAGUUAGAAACAAGCGAAUUUUGCCUUUCUGAAGGCAGAACAAAACAGCACAAGUCUACAGCUGAAUCAAGAAGUAAAGCUCUUCUGGAAUGUUCCUUAAAAAAAAGAAGACGACUAACUUCAAAUUUGAUUGAGGUACACAUAAUGAAGCCUUUCAACAAUUUGGAAUAGUCUUCGAAAUGAGAGGUUUUGUACAUUAAAUUCCCUGAACUCCACUGCUUUGAGGGAACCCACAUCACCAAUUCAGUAACCCACAGCUCUGGGAGAGGGAAAAGAUGUUGGGAAUUCAAUUUCCUAAGCAAGUAGCUGCACAUAAGUAGUGUGAAAUGAACUCAGGCUUGCUGUCCCUGUUCCUCUUCACAAGCAAGAGGGAUGCUGCUGUUAUACCUAUACGUAGAAAGAAAUUCUGAUGAAUUUCAGAUAUAGGGGUUUACUGUUACCAUUGUUCAGCUGGAAGAAACUACAACAGAACGUAAGGCAUCCUGUGCUUAGCACAUGUACGUCAGAUAGUAGUCCUAACAAACAGAACACAUAGAAUAUUCUCCCACCUUAACUUCUGUACCUAAAGUUUUUCAGUUCAUUGAGAUGCCAAUACAAAACAUUCACAAUUAUACAAAAAAUUAAUGAUGUGUGGUCUAUUUAUUUCUAAACAUUAGUUGAUAAUCUAUUCCAGAUCUCCUUCCACCAUCUGCAUACAGUCAGUACUGCCAAUAGUUAGUCAGUAAGAAUGUUGAGAUUUGGGUUUUAUACGCUGGAAUAGCAUAAUAGAAUUUGAAAACCUACAUCAGUAACAACAAACACAUGUUUUUAUUUUCCAGCCAAACAAUUAGAAUACGAUUUGGAAGAGGAAGA